AAACAAGCAAAAAAAAAAAAACUCCCAAAACAGAUCGAAUCAACUUUUUUCUAUUUUAUAAAUUAGAAAGAAAAAUUCUUUCUUUUUUCAGUUUUCGUUUCGUUUCGUUUCACCUAACCCAUUUGAUUUGAUUCUCUUUUAAAACCUUUUCCUUUUUCCUUCAUCAUCAUCGCACAUUGCAUCUGAGUUUUCUCAAUAGAACAGAGGAGGAGAGAAAAAAAAGAGUUUUUUUUUCGUUUUGAGAUGGCGACGAACAUUGGUAUGAUGGAUAGUGCUUACUUUGUUGGAAGAAAUGAGAUUUUGGGUUGGAUCAAUGACCGUCUUCAUCUCAAUCUCACCCGUAUUGAAGAGGUUGCAUCUGGUGCUGUUCAAUGCCAAAUGUUGGACAUGACCUUUCCAGGAGUUGUGCCAAUGCACAAGGUUAAUUUUGCGGCCAAAAACGAGUACGAGAUGAUACAGAACUACAAAGUCAUGCAAGAAGUCUUCACUAAACUGAAAAUUACAAAGCCAUUGGAAGUCAACAGGCUUGUCAAAGGCAGACCACUAGACAACUUGGAGUUUCUACAAUGGCUUAAACGUUUCUGUGAUUCUGUUAAUGGUGGCAUUAUGAAUGAGAAUUAUAAUCCAGUAGAAAGAAGAUCAAGAGGUGGCAAAGAGAAAAGUGUAAAGGGGUCUAGUAAGGUCUCAAAGUCAUUGCAAACAAACAAUAUGCAUCAUCCUCCUCCUCCAGUUACUACUUCCAGCAAACCAUCUGGUCCCAAGCAAGCAAGAUCACAUGCAAUUGGAGGUGGGAGCAACUCAUCAGCCGAAGUGCAAGCACUGUCAAAGGAGCUUGAAGAACUCAAGGUCUCGGUGGAUCUGUUGGAAAAGGAAAGAGAUUUUUACUUCUCUAAGCUCAGGGAUGUAGAGAUACUCUGUCAGACUCCUGGGAUCGAUGAUCUUCCGAUAGUGGUAGCGGUUAAGAAGAUAUUAUAUGCAACGGAUGCAGAUGAAUCAGUACUAGAAGAAGCUCAAGAGUGCCUACACGAGUCUCUAGGCAUUGAGGUUGAGGAAGAAGAAGGAAAUGAAGAAGAAGAAGAAGAUGAAGCAGAAGAAGCAGGGACUCAUACUUGAAAGGUGUGAUUUCUAAAACAGGAAAAGAAAGAAAAAACAAGUUUCAAAGUAGAGGACAAUGACUGUACAUUGCCUUGUCUUAGAAGAUAGAUAUCACUUUGGGGAUGAUGUUUGCACAAUACUUAAGUUACUCUUAACCGGUUAUUCGGUUUUAAAUGAAAAUGACCCGACUUUUCUUAAUUUAAAAGUUUGUGUCCAAUUUGGUUUAUCUUUGUAUCACAGUGUUCAGUGUCCAUCCAAACAUGUGGAAAGAAAAAAACAAAAAAUAUGGGCCACUAAGACUGACUGAUGAAUGUUAUCAGUCUUUCACUUUUAUCUGCAAACAGUUAACA